GGUUACAUAAGGCGGUGGUCAGGCCUGGACUCUGCAUUCAUGUUUGGACAGCAACUCAUUUGUCUCUGUCUCCUCUUUUGCUGAAGGAUUCUUUUGGAAGCCAAAGUCACCGCAGCCAUGACAGACAAAGAACAGGGGAAGAAGCGCAAGAGUAAAAGUGCCACUAUUGCUGGCUACCCAAUAAGCAUUUUCUUCAUCGUGGUCAACGAGUUCUGUGAGCGUUUCUCCUACUAUGGCAUGCGAGCCGUGCUGGUGUUGUACUUCAAGUACUUCCUGCUGUGGGACGACGACUUCGCCACCACCAUCUACCACACCUUUGUGGCUCUCUGUUACCUGACCCCCAUCCUGGGAGCCAUUAUAGCCGACUCAUGGCUGGGCAAGUUCAAGACCAUUAUUUACCUGUCCAUCGUAUACACGAUUGGGCAGGUCGUCAUGGCUGUAAGUGCCAUCCAUGACAUCACAGACACAGACAGGGACGGCACCCCCGACAACAUGUCCCUCCACAUAGCUUUGUCCAUGUUGGGUUUGUUGCUUAUCGCCCUGGGAACGGGAGGCAUCAAACCCUGCGUAGCUGCCUUUGGUGGAGACCAGUUUGAAGACCAUCAGGAGAAGCAGAGAAGCACCUUCUUCUCCAUCUUCUACCUGUCCAUCAACGCCGGCAGCCUGCUGUCCACCCUCAUCACCCCGAUCCUCAGAGCUCAAGAAUGUGGCAUUUACACCAAGCAGCAGUGCUACCCGCUGGCCUUCGGGGUCCCUGCUGCUCUCAUGGUGGUGUCUCUGUUCGUGUUCAUUGUCGGAAGUGGCAUGUACAAUAAGACCGCUCCUCAAGGCAACAUCAUGGUGAAAGUCUGCAAAUGUAUCGGGUUUGCCAUCAGCAACCGCUUCAGACAUCGUUCCUCUCAGUACCCUAAGAGACACCACUGGAUGGACUGGGCUGAAGAGAAAUACGAUAAACUCCUGAUUGCUCAGGUGAAGAUGGUGCUGAAGGUGCUGUUCCUCUACAUCCCUCUGCCGAUGUUCUGGGCUCUGUUUGACCAGCAGGGCUCCAGGUGGACCCUGCAGGCGACCACCAUGAAUGGCAACUUUGGGGCUCUCACAAUCAUGCCCGAUCAGAUGCAGACUGUCAACCCCAUCUUGAUCCUAGUUUUGGUGCCAAUCGUGGACAGCCUCGUCUAUCCCCUGAUUGCCAAGUGCAAACUGAACUUCACUCCGCUAAAGAGGAUGACCGUGGGGAUGCUCCUUGCUGGCCUUGCGUUCGUCGCCGCCGCCCUGGUCCAGCUACAGAUCGACCAAACCCUGCCGACAUUCCCGUCCAGCACCGUGGGCCAAGCCAAGUUCAUCAACAUGAUCAACGGGAACAUAAACAUCACAGCUGGAAGCAAUCCGAUUACCCUGGACGCUUUCUCGGCCAGUGAUGAUUACCUGACCUUUGAUGAACCAUUUAACCUGAAUCUGGGCCCCGGAGCCGAGAAUGUCGUCAGUUUACCUGAUGGAACUCGGAGUACCAUCAUCAUCAUUCAGGAUGCAGCAACAUACAGGCAUAUAGAAUUCAGAGACAUGACAGAAAAGCCAGAAAAGGGGGAAAAUGCUAUGAGAAUUCUGAAUGGUUUUAACUCGACUUUGAAUGUUACCGUGGGCGACGAGGGCUUCGGGGACAUCGUGACCAACAACAUGUCGGAAUAUAUUGAGGUAGCACAGGGAACGCCUAAGUUCGUGAUCAGGAACGACCUGGGAGACGAGUGUGUUUACACUCAAACGCUGGGCUUCGGCAGCUCUUACACCUUGGUCAUCCCCUCAACCUUCGCAUUUGGACCAAAUUGUGCAGACUCCAUCCGGCCAGUCAUGGACAUCAGUCCUAACUCCAUCCACAUGGCUUGGCAGAUCCCUCAGUAUUUGCUCAUGACUUCAGGAGAGGUGGUCUUCUCCGUCACUGGUCUGGAGUUCUCCUACUCACAGGCACCCAGCAACAUGAAGUCUGUGCUGCAGGCCGGUUGGCUGUUAACGGUUGCUGUAGGUAACAUUAUUGUCCUCAUUGUUGCAGAGGCUGCAACACUCGAAGAUCAGUGGGCCGAGUACCUCCUCUUCACCUCGCUGCUGGUGUUCGUGUGCAUCGUCUUCUCAGUCAUGGCAUUUUUCUACAAGUACAUCGAUCCAACCAAGAUUGAAGCCCAGUUUGCCCACAUGGAGCCCUACGAGAAGGAGAAGAAGAAGAGUUUGGACAUGACCAAGAAGAACUUGUAUGGCAACGACAGGAGGGGCUCUAACUCCAGCAACAAGGGAACUCAACAGACCAAGAUGUAAAGCGACCGAUUUGUCCUCGUUUGAAGCUACUGGGCUCUGUCCUCAGUGUCUGAAGGUGCCUUGGUAAUCAUGUCGGUAGAAGUCAGUGCACAACUGAGCAUGUGGAGGUUGGAGACCUCAGUGAGAUGGUGCUGGAGUUGGAGAAGAGCUUAGAUGGUGAAGCUCUUGGGUGGACAGUGUUAGUGAAUGAUUUUGGCAGGGAUAAUUCAAACACGAUUAUUCAUAUUCCAGCGUAAAAUAUUAAGACAACAUGACUUCACAACUCUGGGUCUUGGUAAUUUUUACUCCAGCUGUACCGAGUAGCAUCGUCUUUACAUGAUUUGUUGUCUGUUUUGAUCUGGUGGGUUAUCAACCAUUCCAAUAUCUGUAUUUAUUUCCAGGCACAGUGUUGUAUGUAUUGUAAUAUAUUGGGACUGUUUUAUAUAUAUGACAUUUAGAUAAUCUGCUGUAACACCGAUUCAGUCAGAAAUGCCUCGUAUCAUGGCUGUUAAUCAAGGUCUUUAGUAAAGAGGCUGUCAAUGUGUUGUCUGUGGCGGAGGGGGGGGGACAAAAAAACAUACACAAAAGGCUUUAUCAAUAAACAUCUGUAUCAGCA